AUGUGUCGCACGUGCUUGUACGUGUGCGUGUGCGUGUGCGUGAGUGAUGCAUUAAGGUUAAUGAGAGUUACGAUACCUGGUUAUAAAUUGAGAGGAGAAAUGGCAAUUUUAGAAUGCGAUUACGAAUUAGAUGGCGAAGUUCUUUAUUCAGUCAAAUGGUACAAAGAUAAUGAAGAAUUUUACAGAUUCGUACCGAAAUCAAAUCCGCCACAGCAUAGCUAUAAAGUUGAUGGAAUAAAAGUAGACCAUCAACUCUCUGAUAGUAAACAAGUUGUUUUACGCGGGGUCAAUCUUAAAUCAAGCGGCCUUUACAGAUGUGAAGUGUCAGCAGAAGCUCCAUCAUUUUCUUCUGCUCAAGAUGAAGCUAGAAUGGAAGUCGUUUAUUUGCCAAAAGAUGGUCCUCACAUAACGGGAGAAGAAAAAGAAUAUCAAGUCGGUGAAGAAAUAGUAUUAAAUUGCACAUCAGGAAAAUCAUAUCCGUCAUCGACUCUUCAUUGGUACAUAAACGACAAACAGAUAUCAAAUUCGGAAGAUUUAGUUAGAUAUCCAAAUUUAAUACACACCCACGGGUUACUUACUACGACCCUGGGCCUUAGACUAAAAGUGACAAACAAUCAUUUUGCUGAGGGGCAAAUGAGAGUCAAAUGCGUGGCAAGUGUGAGUCCGAUUUUAUGGCAGGGAAAUCGUGAAAGUGUAGUUCAACGUGUUUCCCCAUUGAUCGACAACAGAGAAGCUCAUUUUUUAGGUAAAUACAAUUUUUCUUUCUUUUUUGCUCUAUGUGUGUGA